CCAGGCUCUCUUGCAUCGAGUCUUGCCAACUUGAUGAGCCCUCUGACCGCCCUUCUGAUGAUGAGGAUGAAAGCUGUUAAAUUGGUCAUCCUCGGACACGUCAUCAUAUGCGUUGGAUAUCUUCUAACCUCCAUCGUUCCUGCGCUAGGCUACGCCGUGUUUACCUUCGGUGUCAUGGGUGGAGUUGGCGUUAACUUCGUGACCCACGCGGUCACGGGGUUGGUUUUGGAGUGGUUCCCCAAGGACAAUUUCAGUCGAGCAAAUGGCAUUUCUGUAACGGGAACAUCAACAGGCAUGUUGGCCUACAGUUUCUUGUUAAGUACUUGCAUCACUCAGUUCGGAUGGCGACGGGCUCUGAGAUACAUCUCUGUGGGGACAUUGGCGUUAGGUAUCAUGGCGAGCUUCUUUCUGACUGACCCACCGACGGAGGACGAGGGUAACAAUGAGGGGGGUGAUGAGGGAAAACCCGGGGUAGACGAAAGGAAACAAAUCACCCUAGAGACAGUUGAAACCUUGGAUCCGGACCACCCUACAGAAAGAACGUUGGUGGGAGAGGAUCUAGGAGAUGAAGAGGAACGCUGUGAAACCCACGAAGACAGGAUCCACACGCCAAGCUGCGAAGUUAAAGGCAGUAGUAGCUGCUUCGUUGACUGGGAGGUGUACCACAUGAUAACGCAUAUUGACCCAUGGGCAUGGACUAUAGGAGCUUGUUUGGCCAUGGUGGGUUGGACAUUUUUCACCAUCAAUUUUGCCAGUUUCAUGGAUGGCCACGGUCUUAGCAGUGACCGCAUAGCAGUAGUCAUCAUGUUUUUCGCCAUUGGAGAAAUUGGGGGGAAAGUUCUCUUCACCGUGGUCGGGGAUCAUCUGCCGUGUCAACGGCUCUACUUCCUGGUGGCCUCGGUGUUUUUAGGAACCAUUGCGUUGGGCGUCAUGACGGUGGUACAGACCUUCCAACAAAUGAUGGCGCUGUCAAUAUUUUCCGGAUUCCUGAGAUCUUUGAUAUACGGACACUCGAAUGCAGUUGUUGCUGAUAUUUUCUUCAAAACCUAUAGUUCCAAUGGUGUGGCGAUUCUAGCACUGUUUCCUUACGGCAUCGGGUCACUUAUCGGUGCCCCAUUGUCAGGUGGACUGUAUGACAUCACGGGUAACUACAUCCUUAGCCUGGUCGUCAUCGCCGCCAUCUUUUUUUGCGCAGCAUUCGCAUUUUUGACCAUCGAAUUUCAUCGGCGGUUGGCAUCGCGAGAUUGUUGUUGCUUCUCCUCCGGCAAGAAUCGUCCUGUGUUGUUGUGAUUACCUUAUUAUUGCAAUAUUUGGCACGUCUUUCUUAGGCCUAGGAAGAGCCGAGCUUACCCUUACAACUAAGAAGCAUGUAGAACAGUUUCGUCACCAAGGUUCAAGAAUGCUGUGUGCAUGUAUGUUUUAAAUAGUUCAUGCAGGCCCGGAUUGUCCAAUAGGCACGGCACUGUGCCUAGGGCCUACGAAAAAUGC